AUGCGGCCCCGUGCCCCCCUGCGCUGCCCUCCCCUUCCUCCGAUCCCCCCCUCCUUCCCUCCGCUGCCCUCUCCCCCGCUCCUCUCCCCGCUCUCUCCUCCGCCUCCCGCUCCCUCAGUCUCUCUCCUGCAUCCCCCCCACCUCUCCCCUUUCUUUUUCCCCCCCUUUCUUAUCUCCCCCCCCUCCAUCCCCAUUUCUCACUUCGCCAGGGCAGAGCGCGGUGACGCCGCCGCCGCCGCCACCACGGAGAGGACGCAGGACCCUCCCUUGGGCCCCCCGUGCCCUUUCGACGGGGCGGCCUGGGCCCCCCGACCCCCGCCGGGCCCCCAGCAGGGCUGCUUCGCAUGCAUCGCCAAGCCCCCGGCCCUCCGGCACUCCUCGCCCGUCCUCUCGCCCUCCUCUGCCGCUCAGCUGAUGGAGAGCAAGGGCUGCAAAGGGGACAGCCUGCGGCCGGCGGGCCCGUGCAAGCACUCGGUGGAGAAGAAGACCAUGACCAACCCCACCACCGUCAUCGAGAUCUACCCCGACACCAGUGAGGUGAAUGACUACUAUCUCUGGUCCAUCUUCAACUUCGUAUACCUCAACUUCUGCUGCCUCGGCUUCAUCGCUUUGGCCUAUUCUCUGAAAGUCCGGGAUAAGAAACUCCUCAAUGACUUAAAUGGUGCAGUGGAAGAUGCCAAGACAGCCCGGCUUUUUAACAUCACCAGCUCAGCCCUUGCCACCUUCUGUAUCAUCCUCAUCUUCAUCUUCCUGCGGUACCCCCUCACUGAUUACUAGCAGGAGGCCAACAGCAGCGCUGCCGCCAAGAUGCCUCUAUGCCAGAAGUGUCUGCAGUUGUUUCCUGUAGCAAGGACACGAGAG